AUGGAGAGAGCAGGUGAUCCCGGCUUCCCCUACACUCAGGAGAACCGGAGCCGCCGAGCACAAACACAAACGCUGCACCAAAAAAGGCUACCACCCCUCCCGAUCGACGACUACAAAGUGGUCAUCCGGCCGAGAGACGGUCUCAACCUCGGAGCCUGGAGUACGGACAAGCUCACACGAGCCAUCCUCGUGGCAUCUAAACUCUCGUUUACCGAAACGUCCGAUAGCGCUAUAAGAAUCCGCCGUGACCAGAACCUGGCGAUCAUCAGCACCCCAAGACUAGAGACAUCCUCCCGCAUACAAGCAAUCUCGGCGCUAACUCUCGAAACCAGGCAAUACGAAGUCACAGCAUACCUGGCAGUCCCCGACAAUUCAUGCAGAGGCAUCAUCUCCGGUGUAGACACCAGAACGACAGCCGAGACACUCACUGAGGAAUUACGUGCCCCCGGGACCAACAUCUUGUACGCCAGAUUGAUGGGACAGACUAACACUGCCAUCAUCACAUUUGAGGGACUCAAGGUACCCCACUACGUGUACCUGUCGGGCGGUGAAUACCCAUGCAGACCCUACCAACCAAGAAAACAAAUAUGCGGCGUUUGCCUGGGCCUAGGACAUCGCACCGACGUGUGCCCGCAACCGGAGAAGAGCCGAUGCACCACCUGCGGAACACCUGGCGGUGCCAUGGAAGAUCACCAGUGCAAACCCUACUGCAUAAAUUGUGGCGGUGAACACCCAGCAGUCGAUCCGCGCUGCCCGGCCCGACAGAGGGGACCAUACAACAAGAAACACGUCCAACAACACCAACAAAUGCAAGGACGACAGAAAUCACCGCUACCACCGCCACCGCCCCCACCGCCCCCACCAAGAAGUGCAGACCCUCAAUGGCCGAAACUACAAAGCAAAACCUGGGAAGAUCCUACUUGCCAAUACAGGAGGUGA